UCAGCUGUAGGUAAUGGGGUAGGUAGGCUCCCUUCCCCUUUCCUUCCCUCCUGGCUGUGAGGAUGAAGCCCCAGGAGUAUGAGACAAGUAAAAAGAAAAUCUGCCCAUAAAAAUUAUCAGAGGGGUCUUGGAGGAGGACCACCAACAGAAUUAGACCACAGGGACUAUGAAGAAGGAAUAUCAACUAUACUUGGUCCAGACACAAUAACUGCCAUGGAAGGAUAUUAUGAUACUGAUGCAACAGGAAAAAAUGGAAAAUAAUAAUGGGAUAUCGCAGCCUGAAGAGAAGUCAACAUCAUCAGGAAAUAAACGGAUGGAUUUCCUCUGGCAAAAUUGUCAGGAAUCGCAAGCCAGUGGACCAACAGUGGAGAAAGGUACAGGCCCUCAAACUGAGAUAGAUGUCCACGACAUUGCAGAAGACCUGAACAGACAGCUGGAAGAUAUUAUUCAAACAUAUGGGUCCUCUGUGGCUGAUAAGACCCAGAGUGUUGAAUUACCCAUAAAAGAGGAGCCCUUAAAUGAUGAUGCUGAAUGUGAAGAUGAUAUUGAGGAGGCAAAAGAGAAGAUUUCUUCAUCAGACGUCAUGUCCACCAAAAUGCCAGUGAAUAAAGAGCAAAAACUUGAAAAGACAAUUAUAAAAGGGCUAGGCAAAGACGCUACACUGCUUCUACAAAGUGUUAACAAGCUGAGCACUGCAGAGGAGAAGAUAGAAGCACUGAUAAAGAAGUAUGCAGAAAUGCUUGAAGAGUACCGUUCUGAACAAAAGCAGCUGAAGUUGUUGCAGAAGCGCCAAGUACAUCUUAUAAAGGAGAAGGACCAACUUCAAAGCGAGCACAGUAAAGCCAUCCUUGCUCGUAGCAAACUGGAAAGUCUAUGUCGAGAGUUGCAGAGACAUAACAAAACAUUAAAGGAAGAAACCAUUCAACAUGCCCGGGAGGAUGAAGAAAAAAGGAAAGAGAUUACUAAUCAUUUCCAGUCUACACUGACAGAAAUCCAAACUCAGAUUGAACAGCAGAGUGAGAGAAACACCAAACUUUGCCAAGAAAAUGCAGAGCUGGCAGAAAAGCUCAAAAAUAUUGUUGGUCAAUAUGAACUAAGAGAGGAGCAUCUGGAUAAAGUAUUUAAACAGAGAGAUCUUCAACAGAAAUUGGUGGAUGCCAGACUAGAGCAAGCCCAAGAAAUGAUGAAAGAAGCAGAGGCAAAACAUAAACGGGAGAAAGACUUUCUGCUGACCCAGGCUGCUGAAUGGAAACUGCAGAGUAAAAUGCUGAAGGAGCAGGAGGCAGUGCUGAAAACUCAGAUAACGCUCUAUUCUGAAAGAUUCGAUGAGUUUCAAAAUUCUUUAACAAAAAGCAAUGAUGUUUUUAGUACGUUCAAAAAAGAAAUGGAAAAGAUGACAAAGAAAAUGAAGAAAUUAGAAAAGGAUACCAGCACAUGGAAAACACGAUUUGAGAACUGUAAUAAAGCUCUGCUGGACAUGAUUGAAGAGAAAUCAGUGAGGGCCAAAGAAUAUGAUUGCUUUACACUGAAAAUUCAGAGGCUAGAAAAGCUCUGCAGAGCUUUGCAGGAGGAAAGAAUUGAACUGUACAGAAAGAUUAAAGAAGCCAAAGUCCAUGAAAUUGAAGAAGACGAAGAUGAUGUCAAUAUCGACACUGAAGACAUUUGUGCUGCAGACCACAAUGAAAAUAAUACCAGCGAGCAGUCGACCAUAGAUGACAAGAUCAUCAAAAACCUGGAAACAGCAUUUAUGGUGACCCACCAUUUGGUGGAUAUGCCAGAAGAACUUAGCCUGGAAUGUCUAAAAUCUGAUCCUAGCAAUUUCUCUGAAGUGGAAAAUCUUGUGCAAGGUGCAUGCUGUCCAGAAGUCUUUGAGAGACAACCUUUACAUGAGAAACCACAACAGGCAGAAACAGAUGAUGACAUGGAAGCUGUUGACUAAACCAAAUUUAAAUAUUUAUUUGUUUGUUUUGGCAUAAAAAGGUAUUAUGGAGAGCCACCACUGUGGAUAAGGCUCUCAGGACUAAGAUCACAACCUGCUCCUCUAGUAAAUGUCACUGGAGCUCAUAAAGUAAGAUACAGUUAAAAACCUCAAUGGGAAAUAUGCAUUAGGGCAUAUGCAUUCCUUUUUCAUUAAUGUAAAAGUUAUAUUUACCAUAAAAUUAACUUUAAACAUGUAAA